CCACCACGUACCCUGCGUCCCAUCACACCAGAUCCCUCCCUUGUUUACACGUGUUACAGUAACAAUACUAUGUGUGCUUUUGCAACGUGACAACAGUCCUUCGGUUCCCACCAUCAUCUCUACAUAUCUCCUCCUUCUUGUUCUCUCUCUCUCUCUUGAUUCUCUCUCUCUCUCUCACACACACACACACAGAGUCCUGGUUAUAGCUUAAUCCGGACCUGUUAUGGCGGGAAGAAAGAGAAGAAAACUCAGAUUGUUGUCAGAAACAUUUAAAGAUGAUAAAAGAUUGUCAAUGAAAGAAAAUGACGAGCAGGAGCAUCACGAGACAUGGUCGGUCCUCCCGGUAGAACUUUUGGAACUAAUUAUUUCUCGGUUAACUUUAAAGGACAACAUUCGCACUUCUUCCGUUUGCAAAAGAUGGCUUUCGGUUGCUCUAUCGGUUAGAAAAGUCAACAAGCCACCAUGGCUCAUGUACUUCCCGAAACUCGGCCGAGUUUUCGAAUUUUACGACCCGUCACAACGGAAAACAUACUCUCUUGAAUUACCCGAGUUACACGGAUGUAGAAUUUGUUACAAUAAAGACGGCUGGUUAUUGCUAUACAAACCAAGAACACAACGUGUUCUAUUUUUUAACCCGUUCACACGGGAAAUGAUUAAAUUACCACGAUUCGAAAUGACCUACCAAAUAGUUGCAUUUUCAACUUCACCAAAGUCUCCAGACUGUAUUCUUUUUACAGUUAAACACGUGAGUCCAACCGUUGUUGCUAUAAGCACGUGUCACCCUGGUGCAACCGAGUGGACCACUGUUAAUUACCAUAAUCGGUUGCCGUUUGUUAGCAGUAUUUGGAAUAAGCUCGUUUUCUGCAACGGGCUUUUCUAUUGUUUAAGUUUAACUGGUUGGUUGGGAGUUUAUGAUCCAGUAGAGCACACGUGGAGUAUCCGUAUCGUGCCUCCGCCUCGUUGUCCCGAUAAUUUCUUUGUGAAAAACUGGUGGAAGGGGAAGUUUAUGGCGGAGCAUAAAGGCGAUAUUUUUGUUAUAUACACGUGUUAUAGUGAAAACCCUAUUAUUUAUAAGCUAGAUCAGGUGAAUAAGGAGUGGGUAGAGAUGAAAACUCUUGAGGGUGUGACGUUGUUUGCGAGUUUUUUGUCGUCACACGCGAGAACGGAUCUUCUUGGAAUGAUGAGAAACAGUGUUUAUUUCUCUAAAGUUCGGUUUUAUGGAAAACGGUGUAUAUCGUACUCUCUUGACCAGAAACGAUACUACCCUCGGAAACAGUGUCAUGACUGGGGCGAACAAGAUCCGUUUGAGAGCAUUUGGGUCGAACCACCUGAUGACCUUUCAACCUUCAGCUGGGAAGGCUAGAGGAGCAGCGUACUUCAUUACACACGUCUUGAUGUCCGGAGCCACAUGAAGCAUCAGCGAAGAAUAAGUACUUGGUCCUUUGGCAAAUGUAAACUUGAAUAAGUAGGAUGAAAGUAGCCUCAGCAUUUUAUGUAUAUUAUGUUUAAACUGAAGCAGAGCAGCCCCCAGAUUGCAGCUUCCAAAAUGGUUCACAGUGCUGAGUAGCAGCAGCAGAGUGCAGAUUAGAUAGUUAUAUAAUACUUGCUUAAUGUACUAGAGUUUUGAUCAAACACUUGAUGAUGCAUAUUGAUACCAUUUGCAUCUUUGUUAAGUAAUUUAAAUUUGUACCAUGCUUAGGCUAGUUUGAUAAUAAUCGAAACCAACUAUCCGGUUUGUUGUUGGUUUUGACCACCCCGGUUCUCA